UAUAUUAUUACUCUACUAAUAUUCACAAAAAUCAUCAGUAUAAAGAUAAACAAGAACCCCCUUUACUUCUUUUCUAUCAUUUCAGCAAUUUUGUGGUCUGAAAUUCAAAAAAAAAGGUGUGUAGCUCCAUAAUAGGUAACUUGCAAAAGACGUUGGCGUUCUGCAUUCAAAUAAGCAAAUAGAAAAGAAUGGUCACGAGCUAUGGCGAGCUUUGAAGUACGGAAGAUACCAUGUCGCAUUGCUUUGAGGGGAUCAAGCAUUUAGGUGCUUCCCUGUUGAAGUGUUGUGAAAAGCAAACAACGGGCCUUGAAGAUCCCGAGAUUCUUGCACGAGAGACAGUUUUUAGCGUCAGUGAGAUCGAAGCUCUUUAUGAGCUUUUUGAGAAGAUUAGCAGCGCAGUGAUUGAUGAUGGGCUGAUCAACAAGGAAGAGUUUCAAUUGGCGCUAUUCAAGACGAGCAAAAAGGAGAGUCUGUUUGCGGACAGGGUGUUUGACUUGUUUGAUACAAAGCACAAUGGACUCUUGGGAUUUGAGGAGUUUGCCCGUGCACUCUCCGUUUUCCAUCCAAAUGCCCCUAUCGAUGAUAAGAUUGACUUUUCUUUUCAGCUAUACGAUCUCAAGCAGCAAGGCUUCAUCGAGCGGCAAGAGGUGAAGCAAAUGGUGGUUGCUACGCUAGCGGAGACUGGUAUGAACCUUUCAGAUGAAAUUAUCGAGAGUAUAAUCGACAAGACAUUUGAAGAAGCUGAUACGAAACAUGACGGAAAGAUUGACAAGGAAGAGUGGAGAAAUUUGGUCCUACGACAUCCUUCGCUUUUGAAGAAUAUGACCCUUCAGUAUCUCAAGGACAUUACGACUACAUUCCCAAGUUUUGUCUUUCACUCGAGAGUUCCAGAUACCUGAUAUCCAACUGCUUUGCUGAGCGGAAUUGCCCAUCCAUGAGUUGCGUACUAGUAGUAGUAGUAUUUUUGCUCUUAUCUAUUUCAUUUCGUGAUUUGUUAUUCUUUUUUCAGAGCAGUGUGGUUGUGUAUACUUGUAAUUAUCACUGAACAAAUGUUGAGUUUCCUCCUUGUAUAUCGUGCAUCGUUGUAAUUUAAUUUGCUCGUUUGGCUUGA